CAAUCGCCAUUCGCGCGGCGUCGUUGCCCCUAGGAGGAGUGUUGAUGAUUUUAAAUUAUUCCGACAUCAAAAGUUUGGAACUUUUCUUCCGUGGCCGAGAGUUGUAAAAACUUCUUUAUAACCUCAAAUUAUAGUGCGGUGCUUUGUGAGUCACUAGUUCAGUGUGUGUGAAGUGUAUUAUAUUUUUUUGCAACGUAAUUUACCGUUCCAUUGUACGUUACUGUUUUGUUGAACGCGUAAUAAGUUCGAGUAACGAGAGAGGGGCCGUAUAUGGUGAAUUCUUGCGUGCAUCGGCGAAAGUAGACCUUAAGGUUCAAAAGGACACGGCUGGCAACAACUCGAAACAACGCGUUUCGCGUUCAGUUGCGAGGUCGUGUAUUGGUCGCCGGUCACCAUGGCAACCGGCGUAGUAACAAAUCCAUAAGUUAAGGGGGCUGUGCGGAUGUCGGGCGGCGGCGGCGCGGGUCUGAUGUCGUGCGUGCGUGAAGGCUCGCUGGAGCCGCCUUACCGACCACCGCACGCCGACAACCACACACAUGGCGAGGGUCGCACAGGUCGGUUUCUGCGCGGCUUGCGGCGUAUGUUCAAACGGCGACGCGUGGACAGCUCUCCGGACCCUAAAAGCAGUUCUACCAGCGAACUGCUCGAUGCUGAACGGCAGACCAGGAGAAAAGAGGGCAUCUACAGCAGUGGUCUGUCGGUGUCUCACGACUCGGUGUUCACUGGCGAGCGAUCUGGCGACGAAUCGAGCGAUGAAAGACCGACUCCUGCGCAUCCUUUGGCCGUCGCCACCUCACACAGGGCGGAGCUAGUAGCAGCAGUUCGUCGGCGCGGAAGAGGUGACAGCGAUGACGAUGAGGACCUGGGUCUACCACGGAGUCCGCCCGCAUCACCACCAACUGAUAAGGCUGACAAGCGGCACCAUGCUGGAAUAUCUCAGUCCUCGUGCAGCGAUGGCUCGCUCCUCAGCGUCGGCUCCUCAGAGAUGGAUGAGGAUACCAGCAGCGGACAUCAUCACGACAACUCCGUUAGAAGCGACCAUUCUGAUAUAUACAACACAUCGGAGCCUCCACCGGGAUUGGCGCCGUUGUCCCACUCCGCCGCCCGACACAAGAUGGCCGUGCGACCACGACGAACGCAUCCCGCCACGCGUCGAAAGAGAGCUACGCCGAUUGCCGCCUCAGCCUUGCCGAUAACUCCCGAACUGAACGAAGAAGUGAUCCGAAGCACUACUCCUGAAGUCACCCUCAAGAGCUCAGAAGUUGUUACUGAAUCAUUCUCUUCAUCGACAACCACGAAGCAUCAUCUGAUGAAAGAGCAGCAUCAACAACUGACGCGAGAACUCAACAGAGUCCUCGAAACACCGAGCGACACCAAACUCAAGUCUUCCUCUUUGCCCCCGGGUCUCGCCCUGAGCCAAGUCGUGGGACCGUCCCCGGCGAAGCUGAGCAUCGCCGACACCCACACCCCGAGGUCCUCUAUCAAGAGAAGCAAGUCCAGCACUCAGGACCGGGAAAGUUCACCGAAAAGAGUCGAAGUCUACGAGGAGAGGACGAAAUACCGCUCCGAAAAGAAAUACGCCGAAGAAUCUUGCCUCGAAAAGAAGACGAAACCGGAAAAGAAAGACGAAGCCACGCGAUCCUCGAAAAGGGAGGAGUCGUUCUUCAGCAGACUCCUGCUGCGCAAAAGCGGCAAGAAGAAGAAAGACCAGACGGACGGCGACAGCCCCGAGAAGAAGAAGACUCAGUACAGAACGACGGACGAGAGGAACGAAUGCAAACCUGUCGAGCGGUACAAGUCUGCCGGACAGAAAGCCUUCGCCAACCAGAUGCACAAACGGAUAGACCACAAGGGAGCCUACGUGCACGACGGGGCCUAUAGGGACGUGUAUAGCGCGGCCCAGGUCCCAGGUCUCGAGUACAACAUCGAUCUGAAGGUCGCCGAGGAAACCGAUAAACUGCUCAACAUGGAAAUGAAGCGAUGCAGUCGACGCGACGAAGAGAAACGACGAUCCAAAGAGAUAGAGGACAGAAGGGAAUCGUUCAGUCUGCAUCACGAUAAAUCCAAAAGGCCGGCGUCGGUCCAGCGCCUGAUGGACCCAUUCUCCUCCAAAGCGUUCAUUUCCAACGAAAUAAUGUCCAGAUCUCACGAGGAGACCCUCUCGACCGCGGCAGAUGAGGAACCGACUCGGGGAAUGCGAAUCAGAAACGUGAAAAGCGACAACGUCUUCCACAGCGGCAGCAUGCCCAAAAACUUGCCUUACUUCAACCCCAGCAUCACGAUUUCCAGCUCGCAGAAACCGUCGCACAGCUCCGAAAACGUUAAGAUGAGGCCCGAGAUCGAGUUCCGCGAAAAGGAGUUCAAGCGGGACAGCUUCCACGCGAGGAGAACAGAGGAUUCGUACGUCGCGUCGGGGCUCAGGUCUCUCGGAGACGAGUACGUCGAGACGAGGAACAGCAUCGGAAAGUCUCACAGUUUCCGUUACGCGUCCGAGUCUCCGUUCAUCGGCUCGCAGGAGAACCAGAUGCCGAGUCUGCCGACUGUCGUGGGCUUCCCGGAACCUCUCCUCGAGAGUUGGGAAGUCAACUACAGGCGAAACGUAGAGAGACACGAUUUCUCUAAGAGAGUUUCGGCCAGAAACUUUAACGUUCAAGGAAACGGUGACCACUACGACAGCCUUCCCAGUACCGACAGCAGCUACUUGGACAGCCUCAAACCCGACGUCGACGAAGACGCAAAACUCUUCUCCGACGGCGUUCGCAUCGCUGGAUGCAUCGCUGGAGCAUCGAUGGAUGCUCACAAACGCGACAGCGACAUCUCUCAGAUAGAGGCCAAGAUCGACGACAUCAUCAGUUCGCCCAAGCCCAUCAUCGCCCCGAUGCUCAAAUCAAGUUCUCUGGAUAGCAUUAAAAGUGGACCCGAGAGACCGACGGAAGACAAGAGGAAGACCGGCUCGGUGGAGAGCGCCCUGAGCCACAGCGGAAAGUCUUCCGGCCAGAGAGAACUUAGACCUGACGUGGAAAACUUUAUUUCCGUCACGCAUAUCAACAAAGAACCACCGGUCAGAGAAGCCGAAUUGCCCAAAAUAGUUAAGAGCGAUGAAAAGCUUCAUAAGACGGGCGCUAAAGGUGUUCCCGAGUUUCUGCAUAUACAAUUGAACAGAGUCGACACCAAGCCGGUUCCAAAUGUAGUUCUGACGGCAAACGUCACGCCCAAGAAGACAGAAAUCCAAACGGAUAAAGAACAAGAGAGCGAAAGUUUCCUACCGACAGAGACGAAGAUGGUAACUCAGACUAAACGAGAUUCCAUUCAGAGCGUUGACAGCGCACCGAUUGUGUUCGAAGAGAAGGCUCCCAAACCAAACACGGCGACGUCGACCACGCCGCAGACCCCGACGACCCCCAAAAUGUUCUUCAAGAGGAAAUCCGCGAGCGUCGAGCACGAUAGGCCAGAGAAACCACGAGCCAACUCCGUGAGCACCGACGGAAGUUCGGAAAAAAUCGACGACAACAUAUCGAUGGACAGAAAGUCGCACUCCAGCUUCGGAAGCAAAAGCUCCAUCCAGAGCACGGACAGUAACGAGAACAAAAUCCCCGACAGGCACGAGGAGACCGUGAUCUAUCGAAAGAAGACGGUCCUCAACAGGGACUCGCGGCAGAGGAACGACGACGAACCCGAACUGAUGAAGGUAUUCGCCAGAAGAUCGCUGAAGCUCAAGGAUUGCGAGGCCGACUGCAUAGCUCAGGAAAUAGCCGAGAAGAGCGACGCCAACGGCAACAAAAUAGAAGACACGGCGCGAACUAAAUCGCUCAAAAACGAAUUCAACGCUUCAAUAAAAUCCAGAGACAGCGAUAAAGAGAACGAGGAAAAAGAAAGAAUCGAGAAUAAACUGGUGGAUAUAGCGGCGAGAGUUAGCCAAUUCGGAGUCCCGCACUAUCAGAGGAGCGUCAGCAUCCACAGCGUCUCCACGAAACGGGAGACCACGCCCACGUACAGGAACGAGGUGAACAAGUACAAGAAAGAAGUCUCCGAUUCGACGCCCGAGAAGAGACUCAGGAACAGAACGUUCCCGGACCCCUCCAACGACAGAGAGGAAAUCAAAAACAUCACCAAGAGCGAAUCGUACAAAGCGGACACGCUGAGACGGCCGUGGCAGAAGAAAGACGAGUUCAGACUCUCCGCGGAGGACAAGAACGCCGUGAUAGACAAGGACGCGGACAACGAGAAGGACGAGAGCGGGAAAGAGAGGGAGGAGGCGGACGCCUCGCCCCAGUUCAAGGGCAUCCUGCAGAUGAGGGCCGAAUGGGAGAAACGAGCUAAACAGGGAAUGACCAAAUAAUGGUGCUAAGUGUUAGGAUAUUCUCGCAAUGCGAUUGUUGAUAUGUUACCUGCGACAGAGCCGGGUGCAAUUCCUAUAGUGCUUACUUGGCUUUAAAUUACACACACAUGACGCGUGUCAGUAAACUGUAGGUUUGUUUUUGGGUUUAAUUUGCGUCUACCCGCAUUAAUAUCUCAUUUAUUGUAAACGCAGUUUACGGUGAUUAUUUUUUUAUUAAGAUCUAAUGUAAUUAAAUUAAUUAGGCGAAUGAUUUAACAGCCUCUUCGGAAAUUAUUUCUCAAUAUUAUACAUAUGUUUUGUGUUAGGAUCGAAGGGUACUCGUAUACAAUUAUCGUUAUUUUAAUGAAAUACCCUACAUAACGUCUAAGAUAUAUUUUUGAGUGUUAUUGCAUAGUAUAGUUAUAUUUUAUUAAAGACUACAAUAUGUAUCGAACAUUUCUGAAUUGUGAAAUACAAAUUUUAUUCCUAUAGUU